CGUUGUCGUCGUACGUAUACUAAGAACGAGUAAGGUUGUCCUUGUUCUGGCCGGUCCAUCUUCCUCGUCGUUCCUGAGUGAUUUUCGUCGGGAGUGAGAAAGUAGAAGUAGCGUCUUCUUGAGCGUGGACCGCCCGCAAAUAAAGAGCUGUGAGGCUGCAGCUAAUGCUGAUCUUCUAGAAAGACCUUUGAUAUAUAAUCGACAGGCUGCAGAGUCACCGCCUAGACAUCAUCCUUGGCCUGAACGACCUAUGUGUUGGACAGGAACGAACAGUUCGAACGUGGUGAGCGAAAACGAAAUCCAUCAUCAUACCAGUGCUGCAAAGGAUAAAUAUUUCUUGUUGAAAUGGUUUGGCAAGCACAAAUCAGAAUAAGACCUCGAGGAUGUUUUCUCGACAUUGAUAUGCUGCAAAGAACUCCUGAACCUGAAGAUUGUACGAAGAAUAACUUAGCGCUGUUGUUGUGUUGCUGUUGGCCCGAAGAGAGAGCGACGAUGAAGACUAGCAAACAUAAUGUUCGCGGGGUAUUUCAGCUUCGGUGGAUACGGAGCAUCCGAUGAAGCAGCCCUGCCAGAACUUGACGUUGAGGAUAUUGCAGACAACAUGGCUACCGGAACCCGAUCGCUGCAGCUAAAGCCGCAGGCCGGCAUCACCGAGGACCUUGCCCUGCGGGGCAAGGUGUGGAUCAAGGCCGCGAGGGUGGAAGCGGAAAAGGACUGCAAGGCCCUUCCGGCCGGGCUGGAGAAUUGCAAGGCGCGCGGAGAAAAAGCCCAAGUGGCAAAUCACUCCGGGGACAAGCGCAACCAUACAGAAGUCCAAAAAGCGCGCGCCAGUCGCCCGCAUCCGG